UUGGUUCUUGCUUAUCCUCAUUGCUAUUUAUCUUAUUUUCGUUAUCAGGUGAAAGACUGCAUAGAUCUCUUCACUCUUCGUCGCUGUGCCGUCAAAAUUGUCUCCAAAGUAGGUGUUCGCAAGAUUCCCGGUGGUUGGUCUCAAGCCCUCACAGAGGCCUGCUUACUUCGUGCCCUCCCCCCACACCGACAUAUUGUCUCAGUUAUCACUGCUCUCCGUCUCUCUAAUCCAGAUCGCGUCGCUCUGGUCAUGGAACAUUGCCUCGGCUCUGUCCACGACCUUCAAGCUGCUGGUGUCCAAUCAGCAACCUCAGGUCUCUCUCUCCCCGGUGCCCCUCAAAACGACUCCGGUGCUGAUCCAUCUGGUUUUAAUCGAAUUGCUACCCUUCCAACUAUUGAUGGAGACGACGAAGAUGAUAGGGAAAACUCCCCUGCUCUUCCUCCUCAAGCGGCUCGAAAGCAGUCAGCUUUUGUCCAUCCCAAUCCUCCUAUGGUUGGUGUGUCUGAUGCCUCUGAUACUGGCUCCCAACAGUUUAGAAGACUGCCUGAAGCUCAAGCCCACGCUUACUUUAUCCAGCUAAUUGAUGGAUUGGCGUACCUCCAUGCGAAUGGAAUCAUCCACAGGGAUAUUAAGCCCGCGAACUUGCUGAUUACUCCGGCGCCAGGUUCUGGAUUGGCGGUAAAUGCCUCGUUGGCGCAUGAAUAUUUUGAUGGAUGUUCUGGAGGUACAUAUCAGCCGGGUCUUGUUCCCUUCAAUGGAGAGGAAGUGCUAAGGCUGUCAAGGGGGUAUCUCAUAAAAUUGGCGGAUUUUGGAGUGUCGGUUUCGAUAUCUGCUUUCAAUAAGAGUGAUCUGGUCGGUGCCGGUCAGAUCACCCCUGCCGUCCAGCCUCCAGAAGUUGCCAAGGGCGACCAGUCCUCAUUCUAUGGACCUGCAUUGGAUGUAUAUAGUGCUGGUGUCUCGCUUUUCUUCAUGCUCACUGGUCGUGUACCCUUCAAUUCUCCUAAUGUCCUUCAGAUAUUUGAGGCCAUCUCUCAAGGCUUCUAUGUCAUCCCUGGACAUGUCUCUGUCCCAGCUGCUCAUCUCAUCCGCGGCAUGAUGUGUAAAAAUCCUGCUAAACGUUUGACUCUGGAGAGUGUAGCUCGGCACGAGUGGGUCGUUGAUACUCAACACCUCCUGCCUCCGCCUAGUCUUUCAACUGCCGCCAAGGCAUGUGCUGCCCACUGGCGUUCCAUUUCCGUCGCUAAAACCGCUGCCUCAACUCCAACCAGAGAUUCCCACUCUUCUCUUUCAACACCUCGUGGCUUCCCCUGUUGGCUGGAUCCCCUUAUCUACCUGCGUCGGCCAACUCCACAAUUUGAAGCACCUCAUAUUGAUGAAACCGGUGCGCGGAUUUUUUCCCUCCCUGAGAUCAAGUCAAUGUGUGCGUUAGGGCGCAUUCCUCAUAGUGUUUAUGAAUUAACAGGAGAAAAUUCGGGCGAAGAAACGUCUCUUAGUUCAUCUCCGCGGCACUCCCCUACGCGGUUCAGUGUGAGCUCCUUUGAAGGCGAAACUGAGGGCGUUGUCAUGUCUUCACUACGACAAAAUCCGAUUCGGUUUGUUGAUGAACAGUUUCCAAUCGCUCCGGCUUCCAUCAUACGACAGUUGAGGACAUACCACAACUGGCCUCCCUUGCCCUCAACCCAUCAAGAACCCGGUUUGACUGACGAAAUCCACCCCUUUAGUUUCGGAAGUUGGAGGAAUACCAGCGGAGUUAGUGGCCAUUUGGAGGAGUCGCUGGCUCGUUUGGGUAUUAUAGACUAUGGCUCAGCAGAUGCCGCAGCUUUCUAUCUUCAGCAGCAACAGCCCCAAUCAGAAAUGGAGGAGCCGUCAUCCGAAGAUAUCCAACCCUUUAUUCGUCCACCCGAUUUAGAAGUAGCUUUUCGACCUACCGCGAACACUACGAUACCUUCUUCACGUGCCUAUGGUGGUCAUUCCCAGCCCACUUUCUUAACUGUCUUUGAAGACAACCAGCAACCCACUUCGCCGCAAGAUUUACCUGUGGAUGAGAGUCAAAGUUGGAUCCACUCGACAAUUACUGCUGGUACGUUGACUUCAGAACAGCUGUCUUCUUUAGCAAGGCAUAUGGAGGAAGAACAGCAAAGGAGAAUGCAGCUGUCGCAACAAUUGCAACAGCAGAGAUCCAGUUCGAACCGGUCCUCCGUGGAGCCAGUACAACGUCAGCAACCUGCGGAGGCGUUAGCCAGUUCCCGUUCCAACGCACGAGAUCUCAAGCCCCGUCACCGUAGAGGCCCGACCGCACGACUUACAAGAUGGUUAUCUGAUUCCAUCUCCUCAAUUCGCAAUCGCUUUCGAUACACGACCGGCAACGUUUCUGGCGACUCGCGCAAUAACACCACCCAUGGCUCUUCAUCGGGUGACCCCGGAUCCACAAAUCUCGCUACUACCACACAGAGCCUUCGAUCCACCUUUGAUGAUGGACACUCGAUGGUCGACUCGGAUCACCACCACCACCACCGGCAGCAGCAGAGAGAUCGGGUCGCUACUCUUCCAAGCUCCUCUUCGAGUAGAGUAACACCGUCCGACACGCCAGGCACCUUCUCACUUGCUCGACACCGAAGAAAUCACAAUAAACGAGCCCCUUUGGGUAUGAAUGAACAGCCGCCAACGAAAUAA